CUUUGCACUCUUGCUAUGACUGUCCCACUUGGUGCCUCCGAUACUGCCAAAGAAAGGGCCCUCAGUGACUAUCGCAGGAAACUUGUUGAACACAGAGACCUUGAUGCAAAAUUGAAAGAAGCCAGAGAAAAAUCCAAAGCAGUAACAAAAGAAUAUGACAAAGCGGAAAAUGACCUUAAAGCUCUCCAAAGUGUCGUUGGAGAUAUACUAAAACAGCUUACAGAAGAUCACUGUAAGUUACCUAUAUUUUGUCCAUCAUGGAUUCGGUUUAUAACUUAUUUUUUCCAUAUAGUUAUUGUUAAGGCAAGUAAUGGCCCUCGCUAUGUUGUUGGCUGCAGACGCAGCAUACAAAAAAGCAAGCUUAGGGCCGGUACACGUGUCGCAUUGGACAUGACAACACUAACAAUAAUGCGCCAACUUCCUCGAGAGGUUGAUCCUCUUGUAUAUAACAUGAGCGCUGAGGAUCCUGGAGCUGUUUCCUAUGCCUCCAUUGGUGGGCUAGGUGAACAAAUUAGAGAGUUGCGAGAGGUAAUUGAACUUCCUCUGAUGAACCCAGAUCUCUUUAAACGUGUUGGAAUUACUCCGCCUAAGGGGUGUCUACUCUUUGGACCCCCGGGAACAGGAAAGACUUUGCUCGCAAGAGCUGUUGCAUCUCAAUUGGACGCCAACUUUCUCAAGUAUUAA